UUGGAGGAUUUGAAAAAGUACAAGGAUGGCGAAUUCGACGCCGAGGCGAAUUCGAGUUGGGAAGAGUACGAGCGCACGCGCGAGCGCGCGUUGCGUCAGGGCGUGGCGUACAGCGCCGUGACCGGGAUCGCGGUCACGGCGGUGUUGUCCACGGUUUCCAUUGACGCCGUUUUGUCGAGUUUAGAAUCCAACCCGCCGCUCGCGGCGCUCGAACAGCUCGUCGGUUUCGUCGUCACGGCGUAUUACGGCACCGUGUACAGGCGUUUGCUCACCACGACCGAAGGUCGACAAGCGCUUCGUUUGGACUUCGCGGAGGCUUUUUCGCAAAUCUCGGGCGCGCCAGAGCUCGCGGCUAAGCUCGCGGCUUCGAGCGACGAGCUUGACGCCGCCGUUUGCAAGACUAUCGCCGAUAUGGAAGAACAGACGCCUCGCAACAAGAUUCCGGCGUCUGUGCUCGCGGCGAUCGACGUCUAUUAUAAAGCCCGAGACACUGAAAAGGCAGCGAUGAAGAAUGCCGUCUUCUUGCGCGAGCAGGAGGAGAUUCGCGCCGUGCAAGCGCGCGAGGCGAAAGCCAAGGCGGCGGAGCUCGACCGCUUGAAGCGCAAACGCGAGCAAGAGGAGACGCGCGAGCGUCAGCAGCGCGAGCGCGAAGCCAAAGCAAAGGCACUCGUAGAGAAACGUGAACGCGAACAGCGCGAGCGCGAUUUGAAAGCCCAAGCGUCUCAAAGAGAGCGCGAAGCCAAAGCCAAGGCGGCGCAGGAAGAACGCGAGCGCCAACAACGCGAGGCCAAGGCCAAGGCUAAGGCGGCGCAGGAGGAACGCGCGGCUAAGGCCAAGGCGGCGCAGGAGGAACGCGCGGCUAAGGCCAAGGCGGCGCAGGAGGAACGCGCGGCUAAGGCCAAGGCGGCGCAGGAGGAACGCGCGGCUAAGGCCAAGGCGGCGCAGGAGGAACGCGAGGCUAAGGCCAAGGCGGCGCAGGAAGAACGCGAGCGCGAACAAGCCAAGAUCGAAGCUCAAGCGACGGAGACGAAGGAAGAGCCAACGCAGCCGGAGUCAUCGCCGGAAAUUCCGUCUAUUGAAACCUCAGUCGGCAUGCCCGUCGCCGCUUGGAUCGAAAAUAUCAACGUUUUCAUGAGCAAGCGCACCACCAGUGAAACAGAUGUCGACGAAGCGCUUCAGAGCUUGGAAACCGCCAAAGCAGAGCUCGGGAAGCAAAUGGCAGUUGAGUUCUCUCUCACGCAAAAACUCGAAGCGGAGCAGCUCAAGGUAAAGGAAAUGGAAGAAGAGUUGCAAGUGCUUGUCGCAAAAUCCAUGACGUCUGCUUCGCAGAGCGACGAAAAAGCGCGCAACUUGGGCGAACGCGUGCGUAAUUUGGAAGACGAACUGAAGGCGUCCAACGCGAGGAACGAUGAAUUGAGCGAAGAGUGCCGCGAGGUGACUUCGCGUCUGGAAAAAGUGCAGUUGGAGUACACGUACCAACGCACUCAAGUCGAACGCAAGACGGAUGCGCGCGUCUCCGAGCUCGAAGGUGUAUCUGGGAUGACUGUCGAUGAGGUGGCAAAACUCAAAGACCGCGUUCGCUCGGAAGAAAUCGCCAAGGACGAAGCCAUCGCGCGCGUAAAGCAACUCAAAGCGAAGGUCAGCGAACUCGAGCGCGCAGUCAGCGAACUUCGCACGGCCAACAAGGCGCUUGAGCGCGAUGAUAUGCGUGCCGGCGCACUCGAAGGGCGUGUCAAGGCGUUGAUGACGGAAAACGCCGAAUUGAAGACGCAAGUUUCCGACUUGACGCGCAUGCUUCGCGAGGCUGAACGCGCCGCCGAAAUCGUGGAGCGGGACGCCGCGUUCGAAUUGAGGAAAGUGACCCUCGCCGCGGAUCAACGUCGUCGCGAACUCGAGCAUCAAUACGCCAACGAAGAGCGGCGGAUCAAGAAUCUCGAAGCUGACGCGAAGAAGGCUAUUGAAAAUUCAGCAAGAUUGGAGAAGCAAUUUGCGACUUUGCUCGAUGAAGACAAAACUGCGCGAGAGCUCUACGACGCCAAGCGCGAAGCCGAAGUAGCGAUGGAAGACGCCGCGACCGCGCGCGCGGCACUCGCCAAGGUGGAGGCGAAACUCGAAACGAGAAGCGCGAACGAGCAAUCGUACGCGACGCUCAAAAUGUCGCGAGCCCUUGACGCCGCUUCCGCGGAAACUAAACAAGCGCAAGCACAACUGCAAGAGAUGCGAGACUCCGUUGCUCAGAUGGAGCGUUCGCUCAACGAGUCGAGCCGAGCGGAGAAGGAGCAAAUGAAGAGCGAGAUUGAGCGACUUCGCGCAGAGAAGGAAUCUGCGCUGGAGACGCUCAAGAGUGCCGAAGCUCGCGCGGAAUCGCAAGCGCUCGAAUUGCGUCAAGCGCUCGCGCGAGUUCAAGAAGAAAAGGCGGCGGCACAGUCGCGACUCGACGGCGAGCAAAACGCGCGGUUAAGCGAUAUGGCAAAGUUACAAGAAACCGUCGCGAGAUUGACUGAGGAAAAGAGUGCGUUUGAGCGUGAACUCGCAAAUGCGGUAGAUUCUACGGCGCUGGAUGCAUCGCGAGCCGAGUGCGAAACUUUGCGCGGGCAAUUGCAAGCUAAAACCGACGAGCUCAACAAGGCGGAGAAAGCCGCUUCCGAGAGUGCACGCACGUAUGCGAGUGAAAUCUCGAGUUUGAAAUCGGCUUCUAGCGCUGAAAAGGACGCUAUCAACGCCGCCGCGGCAAACGAAGCAUUGCGUCGACAAGGUGAGAUCGACCGCCUGGUUGAAGAGCGAAAUGACGUGCGUAAUGCUCUCGCCGAAUUGGAAGCAAAGGCGGCAGAAAACGCCGUUGCGUCUGAAAAAGAACGCGAGCGCAUUGCGGAGGCUUUACGCGUGAGCGAAGCAAAGCUUGCGACGGCGGUGGAUUCAUCUGAAGCGCGAAUUGCCGAAAUUCGAGCAAAGUACGAUGAAUUAGUUGCCGAAAAGUCCGAGGUCGAUCGUGCGUACGCCGAGUCCAAGAAAUCCAUCGACGACGCCAUGUCGCAGAGCGAACAAAACGUAGCGGCGGCGAGAACAGCCGUCGCGCAAGUGGAGGAGCGCUUCACCGCACUAGAAGUCGAAAUCAAGCGCUUACGUGCAGAAAAGUCCCGAGUCGACGCGCGAUUGGUCGAGGAAACGAGCAAAUCUGACGGCCUUGUGAGCGACAUAGAGCGCCUCGUCGAAGAAGGAUCAGCGCGCGAACUCUCCGCCGCGUCUGCGGCGGAGGCAUUCGAGAGCUUAAAAGGUCAACUCACCGACGCCGAGCGCCGUGCGAGCGAAGCCAACGCGCGCUUUGAAGCCCUCAAAGCGAAGACGGCGAGUCUCGUCGAGGCUUCUGAACUCGAAGCCGCGCGCGACGACGCGCGACGCGCAGAAAACGCAUGGCGAGAGAAACUUCGAAUCGCUGAACUCGAGCAGGAGGAGUUGAGAGAUGAAAUCGAGCGCACCAGGGCUGAAGCUUCCGAGGCGACGCGCCUGCGUUCGAUGAGCGAUGAGUUGGAGCGAAAGCUAGCCGAAGCAGACGAUCGCGCGAGCGAACUGGCGCGCGAGCUCAGAAGCGAACAGGAAGCGGCUGCGGCGGCGCUCGCGGCAAUCGCCGCCGAGCGCGACGAGUUGACGCGCAACUUAACGGAAGCGCGAGCAAAGGUUGAGGCAUCGAGUAGCGCGUUGAAUGACGACGUCGAGCGAGAAUUGCGAGCAGAUUUGGCACGCAUGGAGGCGCGGCUCGCCGCUGCCGAGGACGACGCCGAUGUUGCGCGCGAGCGAGCCCAAGAAGAAUUUGCGGUCGAGGCGCAGACGAUCGCUGAGCGUGCGGCGAGCGAUUUAGCGGAAGCCGAGUCUCGAUUCGCGACGCAGUUGGAAGAGCUCGAAGCCAAGCUUUCAUCGGCGACGCUUGCGAUCAAGGAAGCCGAAGCCAAGACGGAGGCUCUGGCCAAACGCGCGGCGAAAGCCGAAACCGCGGCUGAACGCGCGAGCGGAGCGCAGGUGCCGGCACCAUCGACGCCGACGCCCGUAAUCGUCAGCACUGAAACCUCCUCGCCGGGUGUUGACGCCGCGAGUGAGGAACGCCCGGCGAUCGUCUUCGAACCGUCCUCGCUCACCGCGUUGAGCAAAAUGAAGCGCGACGAACUCAUCGCCGAGUGCGCAGCGCGCGGUCUCGACGCCACGGGUCUCGCUGCGGAGCUCCGUUCCCGACUGCGCGACGCACGUUUGACGGAAAAGAACGCUUUGACGCAGCAACAGCGCGCGCAAAAGCGUAAAGCGCCUCAAGGAUUCUAUCGCACCGUCGGCGGCGUCAGGUACGACAACGCCGCUCUGUGCCUCGCGGACACUUUCAUGGCGGAAAGAGGCGAAAUCGAUCGCGCCGGCGCGGAAAAAAUUUACGAAAGCGUCUUCGACGGCGCCGGAAUCACGAAGAUCGAGCUCGAGACUUUGGCGCUGGUGCUCGCCGGCGGCGGCGGUCGAUACGCCUACGUCCUCAGCGACGCCGCGGCGACGUAUUUACAACCGCGAAUCGACGCCAGACGCGAAGAGAUCGAAUCAGGUCUCACAAAAUCCGCCUCAAAGCAAUACCGCGUCAUCGACGGCGCGAAAUACGACGACAAGGCUCUCUCGAUCGCGGACGCCUCGGUGAAGAAAUCCGGCGCCGUAUCCUUGGCCGCCGCCGAGCGCGUCUUCGACGCCGUCUUAGACGGCGCCGGCGCCACCGCGCGCGAGAUCGCCACCUUGGUCUACAUCGCCGAGUCCAUGCCACCGGCCUCCGACGACGUCACCGCCUAUCUCACGCUUAAAAUUAACGAAUUACGCGCGCGGUAG